AUCCCCAGUUCCAUCUGUGGGCGUUGGGGUAGAGGCAGUCGUUCAGGGCCAUCCAGGCUCCAGGCUUUACUAUAAUUAUUUUGCAUACGAUGACUCUCUGGAAAUCUAGCAUGGAAACUCAUGUUCAUCAUGAAGCAAAUGGAAAGAGGCGUUUCUUCUUAUUGUGUUUAACAACUGUUCAUAUGCAUGUAUGAUGAGGAAUUGAUUUCUUUUGCAUUUGGUAUAUAUACACGAUGAAAGUGUGAGUUAGGACAUUGAGAAAAGUUUCAAUCAUGAACACACUUGUCGCUUUGCUUUUGCUGGUUUCCACAUUCCUAGCUGUAUCUGAGGCCAGUUACGGCAAUGCUCCCAAGUACAGGGCCUUUAAGUAUGCUGCCGCCAAAGUUGUUUCUGGUGGAUGCCCAUACGGAUGGCAUCAGUACAAUAAACGGUGUUACUGGUUCAGCAGAGACAAACUCAACUGGUACAGAGCUUCUAUGAGAUGUGUCGCUAUGGGAGGAUACCUGGUGUCCAUUGACCAGUCCCAUGAAAACACAUACGUAAGACAUAUGUGCAGCAUUUAUGGAUACAGAAGAGGUGCAUGGCUGGCUUUGAAUGACGUUCUGAGACCAAAUAAACAUAGAUGGUGCUGGGGAUUCACCGUCAAGCCAUGCCACAAAUUUGACUGGUACGGCCAGGAACCAGUUUAUCAUGAACAUGGCGACUACAACUGUGGUGUUUUCUGGAGAUCAUACAAAUUCCAUUGGCAUGUUGACAGCUGUGGCCAGGCUAAUCAUUACGUUUGCGAGAGACCACUGGUUCACUACAACGUUAAGGGCAUUCCAGGAAACGAAAACAUGUGACAAUUGGCGCAAGGACAUGUGUUUUAUACUGAAACAACU